GUAAUGUCUUCAAGUUUCGCCCCUGAGUGCACCAUAUCAAAAAAAAGAUAUGACGAUUGCUUCAACAAUUGGUAUACAGAGAAAUUUCUUGCUGGAAAAAGUAUGAAAAAUGAAUGCCAGGAAUUAUGGUUAACUUAUAAGGCUUGUGUGGAUAAAGCAUUGACAAAGCAAGGAAUAAUGCCCAUGAUAAAUGAAGCAAGAAAAGAUGCUCCUUUUGAAAAAGGUGGUAUACCAAAUGAUACUGAGCCUGCUUCAAUAGAAAACAAGAAAUAA